UCAUUUUGUACCUUUUUUUAAUAUGUAUUCGAGAUACGAAAAAACCAUCAUGAAUACGCAACCGAACGAUGCGUUUAAGUGUCCUAAUCCGUAUCACAAGAGUGUUCGAAAUUUCCGCAAACAAAUUCGAUACAUGCUAAGAAAAGCUAAAGGAAGGCUACAUUCGGAAAACAACUUUUGCAAAACUUGCCAAUUAGUAAUCGUCACAAACAACGACAUACAGAAUACCGACGCACGUGAUUAUCUGAUGGAAUGCAACUGUUGCGUCGAGAAAAUGCAAGUGCCUUUCAGGACUAGCACGCCAAUACCUGAGAAAAUGAUACAAAAUAAUAACAAUUUAACCAGAGAGAAAGCAAACGUAUUGCCGAGGGAAUGGAUUGAUUGUACGUAUAUCCCAAUGUUGUCGAAUUGCGUAUCAUUUUCUUCUUUGACAUGGGAUGAAUCUACGCUUCUGGUGGAAACAACGGAACAAGGUGAACGUAUAUGCACUGAUCUUUUUAGGCAUCGUUUGGGUGAUACGUAUUUUUACAAAUGUUAAUGACACGUUCACGUAAAA